AUGGCAAUGGUUCAAAAGAACAAGGAAGGAUUCACUCCAAGACAAGUCAAGGCUGCGAUGGAAGCGAGAAGUGCUAUUCACAUACUCAAUGCUCCAAGCACCAAAAAUCUGAAGUAUGUGAUCCGAUCUGGUCUCAUCAAGAACUGUCCUAUCACUGAAGAAGUGAUCAAUCAUGCCAAAGCCAUCUUUGGACCUGACGCAUCUACUUUGAAAGGCAAGUCAACAAGACCAACUCCAAAGAAGACACACGAUGACUUCUUCAGUCCACCAGAGGAAUUGUAUCAACAUAAUCGAACAAUUACUGUCUGUAUUGAUUACACGGAGAUCGGAGAUGCUAAGUUUCUCACCUACAUUGAUACCACUGUGCGUUAUUGCUCAUGUAUUCUCAUGCAGAACCUGAAGACUGAACCUAUAUUUGAAGCAUUGGAUAAGAUAUUCCGCCGCUACAACAAGGCAGGCUUUCAUGUCAAGACGAUCAAGUGUGAUUGGGCAUUCAUCCCUUUCACGGAUGAUAUGCUAGACAAUAUGGGUGUUACUAUUGACCCAACUGCAGCUGGAGACCACAAGCCUACAGCUGAGCGAAACAAUCAAACGCUGAAAGAAAGAGUCAGAGUAGCUCUUGCACAAUUACCCUACAAAGUGGUCCCAAAGGUGAUCACAGAAUGUCUUGGACGUUGA